UAAAAGGUCUCGCGGAGACGACGGCGCCAACGCGCGCGUCCUUCAUGCAACUCUGAGAACGUUCCAGCGUGCCCUGCUAAUUCGACUGGUUCCUUCUGUCUUCUGCAAGGAACUUCAGUCACAGGUGUGCAGCAUCCACAGCUAGACUUAGUGGUGAUCGCAUUCCGCCGGUGAGUCGUAAACGUGGUCGCAGCUGCGAACACGCGGCACCUCGACGCGCUCCGUCGUCGUUGGGCGUGUUUUUGUGCACCGUGUGCUUCGCCGCCGUUUUCGGCCUGGAUAGAAGUCAAACCGUACAGGGGGCCGCCGGCCACAAUUGCGCCUCUACGCGUGCAUCGUGUGGCGCCUGUCAUCUUCUAUUCCACCGCCGGUUCGCCCUUGGCAGGGUCGUCUGCUUCCGACUCCGCCACAGCAGAGCCGUGUGUACCAGCGCAACAAGUGGAAAUACCUCUCGCAGCUCGCGCGCGCACUCUGCGACCGCAGCUGCUUUCUCUGUCUUUCGUUCGGCGCACAUCGGCUGCAGACCUACGUCCGCCUUCUUCCGCACAAUUGUGAACAGACACACGCCGUUGCCAUUGCGACAUGGCGCGAAGGCUUCGCCGCGUCUUCGACUGCCUUGUGGUGGUAUUCAUCAAUGGCUUCGGACUCCUGCUUCUGCCGCUGCUGCUGUUGAGUCUGCGAGCGCGCCAGUGGUUCUUCGUGCGAAUCAUGGCCGUGGCCGGCUAUCUGUGGCGAGACGCCUUCCAGGACCCUCGACGCAAGGCGAUCGCAGCGCUGGACGAGAUUGAGUCCAGCGACCCCGAACUGCGCGCCGACGGUGCGAUUCGAGUGCUCGAGAUUGGCGCAGGCUCCGGUGCCAAUUUCGGGUUCAUGAGCAGGAAGAUCAAGUACUGGAACGUCGACCCCAACACUCAGUUCCAGAAUUCCUUCCUCGAGACGGUGAAAAAGUAUCCAAAGGUGGACAUGGAACGCUGGGUGGUCGGCUAUGGCGAGGACAUGCGCGACGUCCCCGACGGCCACUUCGACGCGGUGAUCGUGACGCACCUCCUGUGCUCCGUCCACUGCCCCGAGAAGGUGCUCCGAGAGUGCCGCCGGGUCCUGGUCAAGGGUGGUCGGCUGGUGUUCAUGGAGCACGUGGCCCAGCCCAAGGGAAGCCUGGGCCGGAUAUUGCAGAGCGUGCUGAGCCCCCUGUGGUGUAUCAUCUGCUGCGGCUGCUGCCUGAACCGAGACUCGGGAGACGUCAUCGAGAGCGCCGGCUUCGCCGAGGUGCACUUGAACGAGACGCACGUCGACAUGCCCGUCAUCUUGACCCGGCACGUGUACGGUUACGCUGUGGCCUAGGAAGCGGCCCACGGCGGCCUACGACGCGCAUGGACUGCGCGUUUCACCGAUGCAGUAUUAGAGCGCAUCUUUGCAAUUGGCGACGGUGUUCUUCUUCUUUUUUUUUGGGGGGGGGGGGGCAUAACUUACGUAAUGAACCUCUACGAAUUCAGCCCAUGUGCAAAGGACCAUAGCCAACCUCUUUAUCGUUUAAUAUCCUAUAAGUCUAGCUUGUGCGCUCUUGUUUAUCUUGAAAUCUGUCUGCGAAACCUUCCAUGAGGUUAACGUUGUUUUUCUUUUUCUAUUUUCCUUCUUUUUUUGCGGAGGCAAUCUUAGCUGAGUGGCAGACAGUGCCACAAUAGUUCCCCUUGUGUUUGUUUUCUUUUUGUCUUGUCUUCUUUUGGUUCGUCGCGCUACUUUUUAUGAAUAUAUCCAAACGUUUGCGGCAAUGGAAUACAUCGCCUUAUAAGUCGUCGGUUUCUUCAGUGAACGAGAAGAGGGACCGAGAGUCCCCAUUUUCGUUAGGCACGAUCAUAUCAAGCUAACUCGUCAAUACCUACAACUUACACGUGGUUAUUAAACAUUCUCGCAAGCAGUGCCUCCAUUAUGCAGGUUAAAUAGCAUGUGCCCGACAUACCACAUGAAUUCUGCUGCGAUAUAUAUCUUCACAGAAAGUGCCCGUUAUUUAUGUCACAUGUUUAUUUUUUAUCGUGCCAGCUUCAGAGUGCAUGAGCCCCAUUUGGGAAGGGCAAUGCCAGUACACCGUCCUGAAAUGUUCUUUUUUCACUGAGAUGCUUGCUUUAUACAGACACAUUUGUGCUCCCUUAUGACAUUCUUAUGACACCCUUGUGGCCGCACUCUUAUACAGACACCCUUACCUCAGCGCUAAUGUCCUAGCGUAAAAGCUGCUGUUAUUUCUUUAUUCCUUUUUGAUUUGCUAUGACGGGAAGGUGACAAAGCGAGAUUUGUGUGUGGGCCUUUUGGUCUCUUUCUAAAUCGUUUUCCCGUGGAGCGGUCCUUGUUUUUUCUGUACCGAGUGUUGUCUUUGUCUCUCUCUUUUUCUAGCUUACAGCUGGUCAACUUCUUUUCGCAUGCCUUUCAGAACCGGUCAUGUAACAUGAAGUUUGUAUAAAGUGUGCUUCAUACCGACCGUGUAUAUUCUCAUACAAAUAAAGUGGAGUCCGUGCUCUUCCGUA